ACCGUUGCGAAGGAUGGCCUGACUCGUUGCGACCAUGCGUCAGAAAUGGCUGACCGCAAAAGGUUUCAAGGGAAAACCAGAGCAUCCUCUCUGGUCACAGAUGCUAUGAAAGCACAUAUAUCGCUGAUGUCUGGUUUGCUUAACUUUGGGCUGCACAACUACAUGCGUGGGGCAAUGAAUCUGCGCACCAGUUGGAAAGGCUUUGCGGAGAUUUCCAAGCGCAAAUUCACAGACGAGAACGAUUCUGACCUCAUGCUUGCCCGGACGAUGGGCUAUACAGGAGUGUCGCAGUUUCUGUUCUUCAUGUCGGUGCUCCCCAGUUCGGCACUCUUUAUUGCGAAGCUCGCCGGAUUCGAGGCGAAUAAAGUGGAAGGUCUACGUAUGGCCAAUUCUGUGAUGGACACAACCAACGAUCUCAUGUCCAAGCGGCAAUCGUGUAUGCUGCUGAUACUCGAGGCCUUGAUGCGUGCCAGCAACGAGUUUGACCCUGAACAUAAAAAGGCACAGGAAGAAGCUGUACGCGUGCAUGAUAUUAUGGCAGAGCAUGGCGGGGGUGACCUCACCUUCAUCAAAUGGAUCGGAACGCAAGUAUGGCGUCGAACUGGACGUAUCGAAGACGCGGCAAUAGCCCUAGACCAAGUGGUUGAGAAGGCCAAGAAAAUUGAAAAUGGCCCUAAUCUGGUGUUUAGGGUGCGGUUUGACCAGGCAACCAUGCACUUCAUUGAACAGGAUUACGCUAGAGCGAAGGACUUUAUGCUGCCGCUGAUUGAUAAGAACAGUACCUACACCUCCAAGACCAUGACAUGUGUGCUCAUCGGCGCGUGUUGUGCGAACCUCGGGCUUGACAACCAGGCCCAGAAUGCUUACAAGAUGGUGUCUGACGUUGGGUCUGGAGGACGCAUGGAUGAGAAUCUGAAAUUAAAAGUUAAAACUCUGAUGCGACGGAAAUGCCAGAAAUUGGUUGGCAUAGAACUGACUUAUGUGCUUGGAUUUUAUAAGAUUCUGUCCCUCGCGGAUGUGGAGAAGUGUUUAGCGCAACUGGAUGACUUCGAAAAGGAGAUCGAAGGACAUCGAACGGUAGUCGAUGAAGUCAAGAAGACGUCCAAGCACAUGCUGCUGGUAGAUGAAGAGAUGGCUACUUGCUAUCUGCUCAAAGGUGCAUAUCUGCAGCGCCUCCAACGUUCAAAAGAAGCGGUGGUCUACCUGAAGAAAGCUAUCAAUGUCUCCAACGAGCUCGCUAAAGAGUUGCGCAAGCGCAAGCGCAUCGAACUGUACGACAACUACCACAUGCCGUGUGCGCACUUUGAACUGGCAGGCAUUGCGCUGAGUGUGGGCGAUGCCAAGAACGGCAAAGCCCACCUGGAUCGUGUGAUGAAAUAUAGUGGAUACACCUUCCAAAGCGGCAUGGAGUUUAGAGUCAAGUUGAUUCAUAAGCACAGCAUGCUGGACGACAAGCCGAGGCCGUCUGCAACUCUGACGGAGGGGUCGGACAAUGCAAGUACGCCUGCUUAG